ACAGAUGGUUACGGUGUCAUGAAGGAGCGCACCGCUGUCACACUUGAUGUUACCGUUACAUAUAUGUGAAAAAAAAAGAAAAGAGAAAGAAGCAGGACUUGGCGUUUCGUUUGCAGUAAUCAGCCGGAGAUGAUCGAUUGUUUCCAGAGAUGCAGUCACCUCCGUUAGUUACUUGAAAACAGUGAAGAGAUUUGCGGAAAGUUUUUCUGCGCGGAUGGAAGGAGUCCUGAGACAAAGCGGUUGCCACGGGGCUGGUUUCACCCCCGUUUCGUGAUAAUGGAGGAAGCCCGGCUCUGAGUGACUCAAUGUCUUUGGGGGAGCUCAUCGAGCUCCGCGACCUGAGGUCGAGCGGAGAGGAGAUAGAGCUGACUGGCUCACAUUCGCCAUGCUCGCCUCCACGCCUCGAGAGAACAAACGCCCUGAGGAUCAACGCGGGAAAGGUCCCGGACCUGCUCAGUCGGGUGGGCAUCAUCCGAGUCCUGAGCAGCUCCCAGGACCCCCAGCUCCCAGAGGAGAAAGGAGAGGGACACAACUUUCAACCCUGCAGCCACGCUCAACCCACGUGGUGUGACCUGUGCGGAGACUUCAUCUGGGGCCUUUACAAGCAGAGCCUGCGGUGUGUCAACUGCAGAUUCGUAUGCCACUAUCGCUGUCGGGCCCAGAUUCGGUUGGACUGCAGCUGGGAACGAGGCUCUGCCGCUGAAAACACAUGUGUUGUGGAGCACACCAUAGAAACUGACACAAACGUGGAUGAACAAGUUGAAAAAGGCAAGCAGGAGUGGACCACUGCAGAUAUCCAGCAGAAGGUGAAGGAAUACAAUUCCAAGAUCAACAGCAAUCUGUUCAUGAACAUGAACAAGGAUGGGUCCUACACCGGAUUCAUAAAAGUUCAGUUCAAGCUGGCACGACCUGUGUCCGUUCCAUCUUCGAAGAAACGAGGUAACGAUGCUGGCGGGAGGGGCGCAAGUGGUGUGAAGCGCCGCACCUCGUUCUACCUGCCGAAGGACGCGUCCAAGCAUUUGCACAUAAGCUCACGCACCUCCGCUCGUGAGGUCAUCGAGGCUUUGUUGAAAAAGUUUACCGUUGUGGACAAUCCUGGCAAGUUUGCUCUGUUCGAGCGCAGCGAGCGUCAUGAACAAGUUUAUGUUCGCAAGCUCUCUGAUAGCGAGCGCCCUCUCCGUCUGCGUUUGACUGCUGGGCCCAAUGAAAAAGUCCUCAGCUUUGUGAUCAAAGAGAACGAAACCGGUGAAGUCAAUUGGCAUGCCUUCUCCAUGCCCGAGUUAAAGAACUUCCUGCGCAUUCUGCAGCGUGAAGAAGAGGAACAUGUUAAGCAGAUAGUGCAGCGAUACGCUUUGGCUCGUACCAAGAUGCAGGAGGCUCUGGCUGGCUCGACCCCCGGCUGACACGACUCCGCGCUGUGGGUUCAACAUGCACCUCUUGGCUGGACAAUCACCCUAAGAUGACCAGUCAUCGCUGCAUCCAAAGAUCCCAGAGAAUACAACUCAAAACGCCUCUUCGGUGACCGAGAGAGUGAGACAGGGCGCAAGACAUUGAGAGAGAGAAAGAGCUAGCGCGAAUGUGCGUGUGAAAUGAUGCGAGAGAUGAGAAGUGCCUUACACCUGGAGAGUCUGAUGUGCCUGAGAGAAUGAGUUGAGAGAAAUGGAGACUGGCAGAUGAGACGCUGGUUGUAUCCAGUAACGUCUAUAGCUAUUGGGUGCCAUUUGAUUAUCCUGUACCUCAGCAAAUUACAGUUAUUAUUUUUGGCCUUUCCAGAAAAAAAUAACACCUGUUUCAAUUAUACUUUUGUAGAAACAAUGCUUUAGUAUAAUUCAGCUGAAAAUCAACAUCCAGAAAAACAAAGAUUGGUCAAAACAUCACUGCCCUUUUAUUUUCAAUCAGUUACUUGAAUCCAAUAUUUUGACAACCAACCAUUAAAAAAACAUGUUUCUUCACCUCAUUGACAUUUUCCAUAAUUUUACCCUAUUACUUAAAUACAGUUAUUGCUGGAAGGUAUUUGGAUUUUCAUUUGACCUGUGCUCAGAAGUCUGCCAUGUCCUCUCUAUACCCCUGAUGGGUGCAACUCUUUUAAUUCACUGUCCAUUUGAGUAUGACUGAUGUAUGGACAUUUGUAUGCUACUAUGAGUGUCGGAGCGAGCAGUGUCAGAGUCACUCUGUUUGACUGGAGUCCUGAAUGAAUAUUGCCGUACGUGUGUUUCACUGGAAACCGCUUGCCAUUCCUUAUAUCUUUGUUUUUCCUGUCCUUGAAAUGUUUUGUCUUCUGUUUAUCAAUCCACUUCCAUUGUAUAUGUCUAUGCACAAAUUUACAUGUUGGAGCAUUGUUCAUCUUUGACAAAAGUGCACUGCGUUUAGUAAAGAUCUUUUGAAGAAUA